GCAUGAAGACGAAGCACGCACUGCGUCACCACAUGAAACUGCACAAGGGCAUCAAGGAGUACGAGUGCAAGGAGUGCCACCGCAAGUUCGCGCAGAAGGUCAACAUGCUCAAGCACUACAAGCGACACACGGGGAUUAAAGACUUCAUGUGUGAACUUUGUGGGAAGACUUUCAGCGAGAGGAAUACCAUGGACACCCACAAGCUCAUCCACACAGUGGGCAAGCAGUGGACAUGCUCUGUGUGUGACAAGAAGUAUGUCACCGAGUACAUGCUGCAGAAGCACGUGCAGCUCACCCACGACAAGGUGGAAGCACAGAGCUGCCAGCUGUGUGGCACCAAGGUGUCCACCCGGGCCUCCAUGAGCCGACAUAUGCGGCGCAAACACCCCGAGGUCCUCGCUGUGAGGAUAGAUGAUCUGGACCACCUGCCUGAGACCACCACCAUCGACGCCUCCUCCAUUGGCAUCGUCCAGUCUGAGCUGGGCCUGGAGCAGGAGGAGCUGGCCGAAGGGAAGCACGGAAAGGCCACCAAGCGCAGCCACAAGAGGAAGCAGAAGCCGGAGGAGGAGGCAGGGGCUCCAGUGCCAGAGGACACGGCCUUCAGCGAGUAUUCGGAGAAGGAGCCCGAGUUCUCGGGCAGCGUGGGCGAUGAGACCAGUUCUGCCGUGCAGAGUAUUCAGCAGGUGGUGGUGACCUUGGGAGACCCCAAUGUGACAGCUCCCUCAAGCUCCGUUGGCCUGACUAACAUCACUGUGACACCCAUUACCACCUCAGCUGGGACUCAGUUUACCAAUCUGCAGCCAGUGGCCGUGGGGCACCUCACAACCCCUGAACGCCAAUUACAGCUGGACAACUCGAUCCUGACGUGACCUUUGAUACGGUCAGUGGCUCUGCCAUGUUGCACA